GAAACCAAACGUCAAGAGACUACAGUCACAACUAACCAGUGAAUUCUGUCACAGAAAACUAUGACAGCCAAGAGGAAAAUGAAGAUUCUGUUGGUGUUAAUCAGUGCUUCAGCUGCUGUGGUCAACUGCCACAUUCAAUGCAGCGACAACGAGUGGAGCUGCGACAGAUCCCGAUGCAUCCCUAAAAGGUGGCUCUGUGACGGAGAUCCAGACUGCACGGACGGCACGGACGAAAAGGCCGAGAACUGCCCUGGCGCCUCCGUCAAACACCCGGUGAAGGAAUGCAGCUCUCGGGAAUUCAAGUGCGACAACGGCAACUGCAUCCCGAAGACGUGGCAGUGCGAUGGCGCCGACGACUGCAAGGACAACUCCGACGAGUCCUCCUGCAGUAGGGAAUGCACGGAGAAGGAAUUCCAGUGUGUCAGCACCAGACAAUGCAUAGCCAUCAGGUGGCGGUGCGAUGGAACAGGAGACUGCGAAGACGGUUCUGACGAGGAGGGCUGCGCUGUCGAGACAACGCCAUUACCUUCGACGAAGUUCAAAUGCGGAUCUGGAAUUACCAUCCCGAAUAAGUGGCUCUGUGACGGAGAAUCGGACUGCGUGGACGGCAGUGAUGAGAAGAACUGCGAAUCAGGCGGGCCCCAGGGAUCCGCGGAAGCCUCAGCCUCAGCGGUCACGGCGUCCCCUAGGCCCAGCAUCUGCCGGGGGAACGAAUUCCAGUGCGGCUCCUACUGCAUCAUGAAGACCUGGGUAUGCGACGGGACCCAAGACUGCGCCAAUGGCGAGGACGAAGCCAACUGCGAGACCUGCCCCGCCAACCACUUCCAGUGCGCAAACAAGCGCAAGUGCAUCCCCCAGCACCAGAGAUGCAACGCCCUCAAGGAUUGCGACGACGGCUCCGAUGAGGUUGGAUGCUCUAAUCUGUCAGCAGGAGCCGCCAAAUGCAACAUCACCAUUCAUUACCCUUGCAAGAGAGGAAAAUGCGUCGAUCUGAAACUGCUGUGUGAUAGCAAAAAUGACUGUGGAGACUGGGAGGACGAGAGUGAGGAAGUGUGCGGGAAGAAUGAGUGCGAGAGAAACAACGGCGGCUGCACUCAAGUUUGUGUGAACACACGCGAGGGUCACUACUGCUCUUGCAACAGUGGCUACAGACUCGUGGGCAGAUACACCUGUGAAGACAUCAACGAGUGUGAAGAGAUCCCAGGUACCUGUUCCCAGAAAUGUAUCAACACAGACGGGAGCUACCACUGCACCUGCUUACCGGGAUACAAGAGGGAUCCUGGGAACUACACCAGAUGCAAAGCUGCCACUGGGGAGCCCUACCUUCUCUUCUCUCACAGGUAUGACAUUCGCAGUCUGAGGUUAAAGGACAGAGACAUGACCUCCAUCAUAACUGACGCCAGAGGAGCCACAGCCUUGGACUACAAGUUCAGCACCCACCAGAUUGUUUGGUCAAACAACAAGGAAAACGAAAUUGUGAGAGCCAAUUUAACUACACCUGACAACCGUGAAGUCCUGGUCAGAGGAGAAAGGGUGUCAGCAGAUGGUCUGGCAGUCGAUUGGAUCCACGACAACAUCUACUACACAGACACCGGCAACUUCAAGAUCCGCAUGGUGACCUGGGACGCCGAGUGGACAAAGACGGUGGUCAGCGAAGACCUUGGUCAACCGCGAGCUAUCGUUGUGAGUCCUUUCGAUGGAUACAUCUUCUGGACCGACUGGGGAAGUGAUCCCAAAAUUGAACGAGCUGGAUUAGACGGAGCCGGUCGGCUACCAAUUGUCCGAGAACCCCAUGUCUUCUGGCCGAAUGGCAUCACGAUGGACCACUCCAGCAACCACAUCUACUGGUGCGAUGGAAAGCUGAACACCAUCAGCCGAGCUAACCUGGAUGGAUCUCACGUUGAGGUAAUCCUCUUCUCACCAAGCUUCUUGAGGCUUCCCUACUCAAUCACUGUUUUUGAAGACAGACUUUACUGGACAGAUUGGUCUCAACUGGCUCUUUACAGCGCUGACAAAUUCACAGGAGAGGACGUCAAGAGCAUCUCUGCAGGACAUUUGCUGGAAUCACCCAAAGUUGUCCACGUGUACCACGAACACCGACAACCCUCUGGAGAAAAUGUCUGCGAAGCACACGGAUGCAGCCACUUCUGUAUAAGAACUCCAGCUGGUGCUCCCCUCUGCACCUGCCCAGAUGGCAUGAUCAUGUCACUGAGAGAUUCUCGCAGAUGCCUCGAUAAUGAAGCAGAAGACGAAGACUUUUACAUCAACCAGAAUGGAAACCCAAGAAGCAAUACCGACGCUGAAAUUGUGGACGAUACCUAUGUGCCAACCAAAUCUGAGCGCAGCAAAGUGAGUCAACUGUCUGGAACUCAUCUUGGAAUGAUCCUUGGUGGAGCUAUUGGAUCAACAAUUGUUGUCGUGUCAGUUGUGAUAUUCAUAAGCUGGUGGAAAACUAGACGGGAAAUCAAGCACAUCCGUUUCCAGAACCCUUCAUAUAAUAAGACAAGGGAUGAAGAAAUGGACGGUGGUGGACUCGUCCUCAACAAAAACGAUCUGCCUUACAACCCGACAGAUUUCCAUUAUGCCACUGAGCCAAACAUGUGCACACGGGAAGAUGACGAAGCACCUCUCACACCAGGUCACAAAGUCGGUUCAAAAAGCUCAAAGUAAGGCCAGGCCCAUGAACUGAAAUGACAGCUCCAAGGACAAUUACCAAAAUGACCUUUUUGUCUCCUAAAUCGACUCUUUUCACGCUGAAUACUUAUUUAUUACGAGGCAGGAUGAAGGCCAAGUUAAGAAUGAACUCUUCCCCAAGUAUAUUUUUGCUAUUAUUUAAAUUAAAUGAAGAUUAAACUUGUUGUGACAUUCACAGACAGGAAUGCCAGUACAGUCAUGCGUUCCAGAGAGAAAAGUUAAAGAAUCAUAAACAAUUCUUGACUCAGUUCAUGUAGUAAAGGGAACAGUUUAUAAAUCUCAUACCAAUGGAAAAAAAAUCAAGACAAGUGUUUGAACUCAAGAAAUGUGCUAAUUUCUGUCUGUGAUGCAUGUACAGUGUAAAUAGCGUCACCAAUGUCUCUCGGAGUGGGCUAGACCCAUCUCAGUCAGAGCUAGACGAGUUGUGUAGCUGAAGACGUUGCCAUCAUUCAUAAUUCAUCAGUACUGACCUCAUUAACGUCCCAUCAUCAUCAUUAUCGUGUCAUCUGUAGAUUGCAUCCCUCAUAAAGAUUACUCAUAGCAUUUAGUCACUUAGUCAUUAGGGCCUUGGCACACACAAGUAUAAUAAACUGGAUUACAAUUCCAAAUGAAAUCAAAGCAGGAUAGCUUAGCCCUAUAUCCGUAUAAGACAUCUCAUGGCAAGAGUAUUAUUUGUUUAAACAAUUUCUAUGCAUUCAUAUUGAUGCUCAGUAUAAAUUCUAACUAUUGUGUAGUGCAUUAUAAACACUAUGUUCAUUUUCUGUUGUAGACUCAGUAAGCUUUUACAAAUUCUUUAGCUGAAUAGUUCAAAGGAACUUGUUAUUUUGCAAAGUUCCCUUUGUUCAUAUUCACAUGUAGUGUGCCAGUAAUGUUUACAUUAGGCAAUGAUAAAUAAUAAGCAAUAUUUAUUUCUUGCACUAUAUUUUUAUACGAGAAAUAUUAUGUAUGUGUUUGUACCCAAGUAUUGUGGUUGUGCAAAUUAUUAUUCAUGAGAUGUGGGAGGUCCUAAAAUAUUUAAAAUAUGCAUUGGUGUUCUGCCCCGCCCCCCUCCCUAGUCGCAUUUGACGAGCUGUAUAAAGACUGCAUACUUUUAAGUUAAUGUAGCUUAAGUUAAGAUUCCAUAAGAAUCAGGAAUUAAAAUAUUUGAUGUUAGUGAAUGCCGAGUAUUAGUAGGGUUAAGAUCAAUCAUUUUAUAAAAAUUGUGUAUUCCAAUUCUUAGGAGUCUUGCUUUAAUAGGCUACAUUCCAAAGAAUCUAUGACUUGUGCUUCUAUAUAUUUUAUAUUUAACGUUGAAUAAGCUUCUUUGUAUAUGUAUAUUUUUUGUAUGGUUGAACCAAACUUUAUUAUGUUUAAGUUGUACUUGUUUAACGAAAGAGACCAGUUAAUAAAACGUGGUUGAAUAUAUAA